AUGCGCUUCCUAUUCGCUCUAGUUCUCAGUGUGCUCCUGUGUCUGCUCCUGGCUCCGGAGGGCAGUAGCGGGUCAUCUACAUCCUCGCCGGCGACCACAACCACCGACUCCUCUGCCACCACUACCACGGCUUCAUCCGCCACCACCACCACUACUGCCUCCUCCGCAUCCACCACGACCACUGCCUCCUCUUCCUCCUCCUCGGCGGAGGCCAGGAGACGCAGACGUGCUCGCCGCCGUCGCCUGGCUCGUGAGCGCCGUCGUCGCCAGGAGCGGAGACAGCGCCAGGAAAAGAGGAGGCGCAGGAUGGAGCAGCUGCUGGCGAGGCAGCGCCGCCUGAUCAAUCAGCUUCAGGGAUAAGUAGGGGUUUGGUCGCUUAAGAUAGAAUCUUCGCCCGUCCAAUAGAAAUAUAAGCGCUGCA